CAUCUCCAACAUCUUGCUGCACACAUGAAAGGAUCCAAGUUUCCUCAAGAAGAAGAGUCGACUCCUCCGCUUCCUACACAGCGUUGCUGUUGGCCUUCCAGUUCAGUCUGUUGUCGAUGGAGACACCAGGUACUUGUAUUCCACUUCCUCUUCCUCUAUGUCCACAUCCUCACCCAACUCUGAAUGGUUGUGGAGACGUCGUCUUCCUCCUGAAGUUGUGUGUGUGUGUAUAAUUUAUAUAUAUAUCUCUAUUCGCAGCUAUUUUAUUUCGAAAAUCCCAACGCGGCUCUUGUUGUGAAACUCCGCCCCGGAAGUCCCGUGUUGUUUACAUAUAUACUUGUUGCGUCUCUUGAGUCUCACACCGUUUCUCCUCCACACACCGAACCCCAGCAUGAGCGCUCCUUUUCGGGCUGCGUGUGUGCUCCUCCUCGGGCUCCUCUGGACGUCCUCCGGAUCCCGGUGCAUCGGGUCCCGGUCCGCCGGCGGCCGGGUCCGGAUCCCCCCUCACGACCAGGUGGCGCGGGUGGCGCGCUUCGUGGCCCACCAGUGCGACUGGGCCUCGAUGGCCACCGUCUCCACCCACCAGCCGGUGGUGGGGCGCCCGUUCUCCAACGCGUUCUCGGUGAGCGACGGGCCGGAGGGCUCCGGUACCGGGGUCCCGUACAUGUACCUGACCCGGAUGGAGAUCUCGGUCCAGGAUCUGCAGGUGAACCCAGAGGCCUCCCUCUCGAUGUCUCUGGCUCAGACGGAUUACUGCAGACAGCAAGGCUUCGACCCUCAGAGUCCUCUGUGUGCUCACAUCAUCCUGUCUGGGUCUGUGCUGGAGGUGAACGGGACGGAGGCGGAGUUUGCAAAGAAGUCUCUGUUCAGUCGACAUCCAGAGAUGAUGGAGUGGCCUUCAGACCACGACUGGUUCUUCUGCAAGUUCAACAUUACUCAGGUGUGGGUGCUGGAUUAUUUUGGCGGGGUGAAGACCGUCUCUCCGGAGGAAUACUUCCAGGCCUCGCUGCACAGGAAGCCGCACUGAAUGCUGGAAAACGUAGUUCACCUCCGUCUGUUUGUAGUCAUAUGACAGUUGAACUACAAGUAGACCUUAAAACUACAACAAGGGUCGGCUGAUCACUUCAGUUUUUGUUCUAGAUCACCAGAUUCAAGACGUGUGAACUUUUUAUUCAUAAUACCUUCAAAUCUAUUUUUUGUGAUCACACUUAUUUAUUCUUCUUUCAAGCGUUAUUGACUACAUCUCCCAUGAGCCUUAGCACCUUGCUAUGGAGCCAAAUCCAUGUCAAAUGUUUUGUUCAUUUGAAAAACAAAUGUGAACCUGAACGUUUUUUUGUUGAACAUUGAAAAAUACAGCAAUUUAAUAAGUGGGCAAAAAUAUUUUGGAUUGAAUAUGGUUUUGACUCAGCUCUAUUUUUUUGGAUCUUUGGAUUUUUUUCAAUCUUCACUUAUAUAUAUUUAUUCGUUGUAUUGUAUUUUUCGGUUGCAGAUUUUUAGUUUCUUUUGAAUCUGAAAAACCGAAACCGAAAAAUACAAUACACCGAAUAUCAAAAAAUAAAUACAAGAGAAGAGUGAAAAAAUAAUGUAUUCACAAAAUGAUAAAACUGAGUCAAAACUAUAUUCAACCCGAAAAUACUUUUCGUGCACUUAUUUUUAUUUUGAGUAAAAUAACUAAUUAAUUAAUAACUUAUUUUUAUUUUGUUGUAUUUAUCAAUGUUCAAGACCAACUUUUCGGGUUUUUCAAAUGAACAAAACUUUGACCUGGAUUUGGCUCCAUAUCCUGCUGGCCUUUGGAGCCUCAUGGGUGUUGAGGUUGUUGAACGCUCAUCUGGUGAUGUUUGAAAAAACGUCACAAAGAUGUCAUGUUGAGAGGGCGGGGCUUAACUGUGGGUGGGCCUUGUUUGGAACAAAGAGGCGGGCCUUAGACACCUGAAUGUUUUACAGGAUUAUCGUCCUUCCUUAUAGUAUAGAAACGUUUUCAGGAUAACUUGAAAACUUUGAGAUUAUCUAUUUUUGAAACUGAAUGUUUAUUAUGUAUAAAUAAAGUUUGUGUUAAAAAUA